AUGGCGACUAUUGCGGUACACGUAGAACUUGUAUCGAACUUGUCAACACCAACGUUUAUUGCUGCACUCAAACUAUUUGUCGCAAGACUAGUACGUCACACAGACGUAUAUAGUGACUGUGAGUCUAAAAGCUAUCCUAAAUCAAGACAAUUAGGAGCAAUCUCCAAUGACUCUAAUGACUUUGCACCACUCACAGCCAGACAUCUUUUGAAUGUGGUUUCAAGACCAUCCGACAUCACACACACUGCGUCGACGUUUGACUCUGGUUCAACAAGUCCAACUUACUUCUGGCACCGAUGGCAAAAGGAAUUGCACACGGAGCACAGCAAAACAUACCCUGGAGAAGACAAUGUUGUCCGCGUAGCUGAUAUCAAAUUAUCUAAUGGAAAGACGCUCAAGCGUCCAGUGGUGAGGUUAUGCCCCUUACCAUUGUGA